AAAAUAAAUGAUUUGCUUGGGCAUGUUAGACUUCUCCCCCUAGCUAUCCUCAUAGCCAAAUGAGAGCUAUGUGCCAGUAGUGUUUAGUUGAACUUGGUAGCAAAACAUUUGAAAGCAAGCUAACAUUAUAUAUUUUUUACAGUCCAUCAAAAAGCAGCUAGGAACAUUUAAACAAAAUCCUUUUUAACAUUUUAUAAAAAUUUUACAUUUAAAAAAAAUGUUUUGUCAGAUUGAUUGUCUCUAAUCAUAGCUUGUUUACCCAGCACACAGUACCAUUUUAGCAUUUUUCCAACCCUUAGAAUGUAUUCUAAGUCUAAAAACAGACAUUAUGAUAAGUUUGACAGCAAAACUUAUAAAGUUUAGGAUUUAAAUUAUUCAUCAAUCAAGUUUAUUGCAAAAUUUUAACAUUACGAUCCACAGGGCAAAGAACUGUUUAUUUAUAGAGUUAAUCCCAAUCUGGUCAUUAUUAUGAAAACAGAAGUGUGGCCGAACCUUAUCAAGGCACUGCAUCACAGAAUCCACGAAAAAAGCAGUUUAUUGAUUUUUAAGACUUCCUAUCUUGUAAAUGAUAAAGAAUAUUAUUGGAAGAUAUGUUAAAUCGUAAGAAUGGAGAGAAAAAAAAGCAAUGAGGGUCACAUGACAAUUUUUAAAAUAGUGGGGGGUGAAAAGUUUGGCAGUUGCUGAAACUUCCACGACUGCGCUGCAUAGUUCAGUUUCAGUAGUUCACGUGUAGUGCACUGCAAAAUGAGUGGUCUCGUUUACUAACUACUACAGCGUCGAAGGUAGGUUAUGUUUACGACUGUUUCUUGCUGCCGGUCCUUGUUUCUUGUGUUUCCUUUCUGCAGUUUUUUUGUAAAUCGUUUGAAGAUGGCUGCGGUCCAGCUUCCGCCGAAAGUGAAGCCCGUCGUCCUCACGGUGGACGAGAUAAAAGUCGACCGCAUAACUGAAUUGGCUUUGCAGUACUGGGCCCCGCACACCAAGGCAGACCAUAAGGCCUACGACCCGUCUAUUAUAGACGUGAUCUACAAGCAGGAGAUCAAAGGGUCGACGUUCAAUGUUAGGCGGAUAAUGAUGCUCGAGGUGAGCCAGUACCUGGAGAACUACCUCUGGCCGAAUUACCGUCCCGAUCAAUCCACGUAUGACCACAUGAUUUCCGUUGUCAUCAUGAUGAACGAAAAGUUCAGGGAGAGGGUGUCCGCUUGGACGGCCAUCAAGAAGAACCCCCUUCAUGUCAGAGGGUUUUUGAAGCAAGUUUUCCACGCCUGUCUCGAACUUAACAGCUGCUACAUUGAGAAGACUUCUCUCAUAGUUUUUCUCACCAACACUUUCAACAGCAUAGAGGUCGAUAUCAUAAGGGAGCAGGUGAAGCCGCUGUUGUCCCUCUCGACUUGGGUCUGCUUGCACCAACACAGAAGAGAGCACGAGUUCAGGAAUGCUCCAAAGUGGAAGAAGUACUGGGGGAAGAUACUCAGGAAGGAGAAUGAAAGGGGCGAAGAGGCUGAUUGGGAGAGGAGGUUUUUAUACAGGCUAAUGCUGAAUUUCUUAGAUCAUUUGGACAAAAUUCCAGUCGAGAGUAAAAUUGAUGAAUCGACAGUUCAAUACUGUGAACGCUUUCUUGAGUUAAUGAUUGACUUGGAGGCAUCCCUUCCGACCAGGCGGUUCUUUAACGUUCUUCUUGACGACUGUCAACUCGUGCUUCGUUGCCAGCUCUCUAAUCUGGCAAAACGUUCUGAGGGUAAGCUCUUCCUCCAACUCCUCGACAUAUUGAAGUUCUACGCUCGUUUUGAAAUCAACGACGUGACCGGCGAUUGUCUGACAGACUCCCAAAUGUCCCAGAUACAUUACGAAUGCGUGACUUCACUUCAGAAAGCGGUAUUUGCAAAAUAUCCGGCCCUGCAGAAAUUUGCAUUGGCUAAUGUGGCCAGCGUUGAUACGAGGGAGGCUAUAAUGAAACACUUUGAAGAGCUCGAUACUGGCAGCCUGAGGGACAUAAUUGUCCAGCUCAACUUGGUUCCACCUGUUGAAAGAGAAAAAGAAGAAAACUGGUACAAAACUGACCGUAAGUUUCUUCUUGAAUUACUAGCGUUCCGCCAUGAAAAAAGGAUUUCUCAAUUGAUGGAGAUAAACGGCACUCCUUUGUACCCAAUAGAAGAUAUAAUUUGGGAUGAAAAUAUAGUGCCUUCUGAGUAUUAUUCUGGUGAAGGAUGCUUGGCUCUUCCAAAACUCAACCUUCAGUUUCUAACUCUCCAUGAUUAUCUUCUUAGAAAUCUAAAUCUUUUCAGAUUAGAAUCAACAUACGAAAUCAAACAAGACAUAGAAGAUGGAAUAAGUAGGCUGAGCCCUUGGAAGUCAGAAACGGGCGAGACUUAUUUUGGCGGAUGGGCAAGAAUGGCCCAACCAAUUGUCAGUUUCGUAGUUGUUGAAGUUACAAAGCCUGAUAUUGGUGAAAUUGUGCCUUCUAGAGUACGUGCGGAUGUCACAGUAAAUCUAAACGUCAAAGAAGAAGUGAAAGCCGAAUGGGAGAACUUGAGAAAACAUGAUGUUUGCUUUUUGAUUGCUGUUAAGCCGACUCUUCCAAUUGGUACCAGAUACAAUUUCAAGUUGCCGUUUUUAGAACAGAGUGGUGUCAAGUACGUAAGGGGCUGUGAGGUGGAAGGGAUGCUCGACAACACCGGUAAAAUAAUUGAAGAUUUGCCUGAUGUCAAACCUGAACUUGCUGGCGACACCAGGACUUUUAGAGUCCUCCUAGACUCAAAUCAGUACAAGCUUGAUAUGGAGUUGAUCAACGAAGGAGAGGAUGAUUUCUAUGAAAACUUUAAUGUUAUCCUAAGAAGGAAGCCAAAGGAGAAUAACUUCAAAGCAGUUCUUCAGACUAUCCGUGAGCUGAUGAAUACGGAUUGCAUUGUGCCAGAAUGGCUUCAUGACAUACUUUUAGGCUAUGGCGACCCUUGCUUGGCCCAUUAUUCUAAAAUGCCUAAUGAAAUUUCCACUAUUGAUUUUAAUGAUACUUUUUUAAAUAUCGAUCACUUAAGAGCAAGUUUUCCUGAGCAUGAAAUCAAAGUGAAAGUCGAUAAGCCUACUGAUUUGGUCCCACCAUUUAAACUGACCUUUGAAGAAGUCAUUAACAAAAAAGAGGACUUAAAAACUGAUAAGAAAUCGAUAAUCGUUGAGCCUCAUAUUAUACCUAAUCGUGGGCCUUACCCUUCAAACAUUCUGAGGAAAAACACUGUUUGGUUUACCCCCACACAAGUCGAAGCUAUUCGGUCAGGGAUGCAGCCCGGUCUGACUAUGGUAGUCGGACCUCCAGGUACAGGAAAGACUGAUGUUGCAGUACAGAUUAUCUCCAACUUAUAUCACAAUUUUCCAAAUCAGAGAACGUUGAUUGUCACCCAUUCAAAUCAAGCUCUGAAUCAGCUCUUUGAAAAAAUUAUUAUGCUUGAUGUCGAAGAUAGACAUUUGCUACGUCUUGGUCACGGUGAAGGUGAAUUGGAAACGGAAAAGGACUUCAGCCGGUAUGGUAGGGUUAAUUAUGUUUUAGCCAAAAGGCUGGAGCUUCUUGAAGAUGUAGAAAGAUUGCAGAAGUGCUUGGGUGUAGAAGGAGACAUGGCCUAUACUUGUGAGACAGCUCGUUAUUUCUAUCUAAGUCAUGUGUUCGCCAAAUGGGAAGAGUUUAAAGAGGUGAUUUCUAAAAAGAAAAAUCGAAAAGAUAUCCCAGUCGAAUUGAUUUCUCAGCAGUUCCCAUUCCAUUCAUUUUUCAGCGAUGCUCCUCAGCCCCUUUUCAAAGGAAAUUCAUAUGAUGAAGAUUAUGCUAUCGCCUUGGGUUGUUUUAGGCAUAUUGAGAAAAUCUUUACUCAGUUAGAAGAAUUUAGGGCGUUUGAACUUUUACGGAGUGGCCCUGAUAGAUCAAAGUACUUACUAGUCAAAGAAGCAAAAAUAAUCGCUAUGACUUGUACACAUGCAGCUCUAAAACGGGCAGAACUCGUUGAAAUGGGAUUCAAAUAUGAUAAUAUACUAAUGGAAGAAGCAGCACAGAUUUUGGAAAUUGAAACUUUCAUCCCUCUACUUGUUCAGACAGUGCAGGACGGCUACAACAGAUUAAAAAGAUGGAUAAUGAUCGGAGAUCACAACCAGCUGCCGCCUGUCAUUAAAAACAUGGCGUUCCAAAAAUAUUCUAACAUGGAGCAGUCCCUUUUUACAAGACUCGUGAGGCUUGGCGUUCCAACAGUUGAUCUCGACGCUCAAGGCAGAGCUAGGCCUUCAAUUUGCGAUUUGUACAAAUGGAGGUAUAAAAAUCUUGGUAAUCUUCCUCAUGUCAUACAACGUAGUGAAUAUCAACUGGCUAAUGCUGGUUUUCGACAUGAAUUUCAGUUUAUAAAUGUCGAAGACUUCAACGGGGUGGGUGAAUCCGAACCCAGCCCUUACUUUUAUCAGAAUUUAGCUGAAGCUGAGUUUUGCGUAGCUGUUUUUAUGUUCAUGAGGCUUUUGGGCUACCCAGGGUAUAAAAUUACUAUUCUCACUACUUAUAAUGGGCAGAAACAUUUGAUAAGAGAUGUAAUAAAUGCAAGGUGUGCAUCGAACCCAUUAAUAGGAAAACCUCACAAAGUAACCACUGUGGAUAAAUACCAAGGUCAGCAGAACGACUACGUCCUUUUAUCGUUAGUAAGGACAAAAGCAGUUGGACAUAUAAGAGAUGUGAGGCGUUUGAUUGUAGCUCUAUCUCGAGCGAGGCUUGGAUUAUACAUUUUUGGCAGGGCUUCGUUAUUUUUUAACUGCUUUGACUUGAGACUUGCAAUGGAUCAACUUGCUCAGAAACCUCUCCUCUUAGAAAUCUACCCUGCGGAGCCUUACCCAUCACAAAGAGCAACAGAUACCCCCAUGGCUGAGCCGCCAGAUGUCAUCCCGUCUAUGUCAGAGAUGGCAACGUUUGUAUACAACUAUUAUCAAGACAGGCUGGAAAAACUCAAAGAGGUAUAUUAUGCUAAUAAAAAGGAAUGGACUAAGCCAGGGGAAGAGCUUGUUAAAGCUCCAGAAACUUUAGUGUCAGCACAUCCUGGGGCAGGAAGCGAUACUGAAGAUGAGGACUAUUACAAUAGCUGGGUGGAAGAAGGAAAUCAAGAUGAACCUAUGUCAGACUAAGUUUAUAUAAAUUUUAUAAUAAUGUAUAUUUUGUUUUUUAAAAAAUGUAAAUAUGUUGUAAAAAUAGUUU